GUGAUUCUGCUUAUAAAGAGGGACAUCUUCCCGUGUCCAGAGCUGACGGGACACCAGGAGACGUUCAUCAUGAUGCGUGUGUGGCUGAGCUUGUGGCUCGUAUCAGCGGCGGUGUGUCUGUGUUUGGCUCAUCACCAUUUAAGUUACGAUCAGAGCGACGACCAGGACACCGCCGUGGAAAACACCACUGACGGCGUUUCACUGGUGGCUGCUGCGAACAAAGAGUUCGCCUUCCGCCUGUACAGGAAGUUAGCCGCUCACGCCGACUCACGGGGCAAGAACGUCUUCUACUCACCCCGGAGUGUGUCCCUGGCUCUGUCCGCCUUGUCUGCGGGAGCGAGAGGGGAGACCCACCGGCAGCUCUUCAGCGGCCUGGGUUUCAACAGCUCCGUCCUGAGCCAGGCGGCGGUGGACGAGGCCUUUCACACGAUGCUCCGAAAGGCAAACGCGGCGUCUUCCAAAGACAGCAGCGAAGGCACGGCCGCGUUCAUCGACGACCGCUUCAAGCCCAACCCUGACUUCCUGAGAGUCCUGCAGCGCUCCUACUCUGCAGAGGCGUUCAAUGUCGACUUCCUCAAAACAAAAGAGAGCGCCGACGCCAUCAACGACUACGUGUCAAAGAAGACCAGCGGGAAAAUAGACAAGCUGGUGGAAAGCCUGGACGCCAACACAGUCAUGUAUCUCAUCAGCUACAUCUACUUCAAAGGAAAGUGGGAAACUCCAUUUAAACCUGAAAGCACCAGGGCAGAUGAGUUCAUGGUGGACGAGAACACCAAGGUUCCAGUGCAGAUGAUGUUCAUGGAGGAAAGCGUCCACACCUAUUACGACAUGUCCAUCAACACGUCCGUCCUCUACCUCCCUUUCAACGGCUCCACCUACGGCAUGAUGCUGCUGUUGCCGGACGACAUGGAGACGCUGGAGAAUUCCAUUUGCCCGGCUCACGUCACUAAAUGGCUGAAGUGGAUGAAAAAAAAGCAGUAUGACAUCCACGUUCCAAAGUUCUCCAUCAAGUCGUCGUACGACCUGAAGGACAUUUUGACUGACAUGGGAAUGUCGGACAUGUUCGGUGAUGGUGCAAAUCUGACGGGAAUCUCUGACCUCAAACUGGCCGUGUCACAGGUUGUGCACAAAGCGACUCUGGAUGUGGACGAGGCUGGAGCCACAGCUACAGCUGCUACAGGCAUCGGCAUCACGCUGCUGUCCUUCAGGAUUGUCCCCGUGUUGAAAUUCAAUCGUCCCUUCAUGGUGGUCGUCAUCGACCGCGUCUCACAGGACACUGUCUUCCUUGGCAAGAUUGUCAACCCGAACGUGUGACGUGGUGGCUCGAGCUGUGACAGCGGUGACGUCACAAAUAAAAGAAUAAAGCACUGAAAACCCUGA